AUGUUGGGAAUGUAUGUGCCAGAUAGAUUUUCUUUGAAAUCAUCUAAUGUCCAGGAUGGAAUCGGGCUUUACACGGCGAGACGAGUGAAAAAGGGGGAAAAGUUUGGCCCUUUUGCUGGAGAGAAGAAACUACCGAGUGAGCUGGAUGAGAGCACAGACCCCAGACUGAUGUGGGAGGUCCGAGGUCAUAAAGGCAAUGUGCUCUAUGUUUUGGAUGCCAGUAACCCUCGCCAUGCCAACUGGCUGCGUUUUGUCCAUCAGGCGCCAUCACAAGAGGAGAAGAACCUGGCAGCAAUCCAGGACGGAGAGAAUAUCUUCUACCUGGCAGUGGACGACAUUGAGACAGACAGAGAGCUGCUGAUAGGCUACCUGGACAGUGAUAUGGAGGAAGAGGAGGAGGAAGAGGAAAUCAUCAAAUAUGAAGAUGAAAACAGCAAAGAUGCCAAACAUCUCGUUGAAAUGGAGCUGUUGAUCAAGAAGGAGGACCACCCGUGCCUGCUGUGUGAGAGCAGCUUCCCUAGCGAGGAGAUCCUAGCAGCCCACCUCCAGACCCUCCACCAGAGACCCAGUACUGAGGAGAAGGAGUACAAGUGCAGGAACUGUGGCAAGAAGUUCCCCAUCAAACAAGCCCUGCAGCGCCAUUAUGACCAGGAGGCGUGUAGAGGAGACACCAGGUUCAUCUGUAAGGCUGACAGUUGUGGGAAGAGGUUCAAGAGCAAAGACUCUCUGAAGAAACACAAAGGGAACGUCCACACAGGAAGCUCCAGGCGGAAGCUCAUGUGCACCAUCUGCAACAGGAAAUGUUCCUCCUUACUGAACCUCCAGGAACAUCGCAAGGUACAUGAGAUAUUCGACUGCGCUGCCUGCGACAAGAAAUUCAUCUCGAUCAAUCAGCUCAAGCACCACAUGAUCACUCACUCAGAGAAACGUCCGUAUACCUGUGAGAUCUGCAGUCGUUCGUUCAAGCGUCUGGACCAGGUGACGGCCCAUAAGACCAUCCACAGUGAGGAAAAGCCCUACAAGUGUAAGCUGUGUGGGAAGGAGUUUGCCCACAGGAACGUCUACAAGAACCACAAGAAGACUCACUCAGAGGAGAGGCCGUUCCAGUGUGAGGAGUGCAAGGCCCUGUUCCGCACCCCCUUCUCUUUACAGCGCCACCUGCUCAUCCACAACAGUGAGAGGACAUUUAAGUGUGACCAAUGUGAUGCCACCUUCAAGAGAAAAGACACGCUCAACGUGCACAUCCAGGUGGUGCACGACGGACACAAGAAGUACAAGUGUGACCUGUGUGAGAAGGCCUUCGUCACCCCCUCUGUUCUCAAGAGCCACAAGAAGACGCACACAGGGGACAAGGAGAAGAUCUGCCCAUAUUGUGGACAGAAGUUUGCCAGCAAUGGAACUUUGAGGGUUCACAUCCGCAGCCAUACAGGUGAGCGCCCAUACCAGUGCCCCUACUGUGACAAAGCAUUCAGCAAGAAUGAUGGUCUGAAGAUGCACAUCCGCACACACACUCGGGUGUGUGAUCUGUUGUUCAGUCUGAAGAAGAUGCUGAGCAGGCACAAGCUGACCCACAACCCCAACAGGCCCAUGGCAGAAUGCUCGCUGUGCCAUAAGAAGUUCACCAGGAAUGACUACCUCAAAGUGCACAUGGAGAACGUUCACGGAGAGACCGAGGGCUAAGGAACCCAUCUAUUUGAGACAGUUUACUAAAG